AUGGUCAAAAUCGAGCCCUUUGAGGUCGAGCAGUGGAUGGACCUUUACGAAGUCACGCCUGGGGUCCUCAACAUAGCAGAAACAUGCGCAGCUUCCGUCUCAAUCAACGACCUCAUAGCCCUCUCGGAAGACUCAAACACCCCUAAUCCUCUGGAUUUCUCCAAGAAACUAACAUAUGGAUCAAUCCGAGGAUCUGAUGCUCUACGAGAACGUCUAGCAUCUCUCUACUCCGUCCGAACGUCAUCUCCAUUACCCAAAGACAACGUCCUCAUAACCCAAGGCGCAAUCAACGCCAACUUUCUCAUCCUAUAUACGUUACUCGGCCCAGGCGAUCAUGUCGUGUGUAUGCAUCCGACAUACCAACAACUCUACGACGUCCCCAAGAGCUUGGGAGCAGAAGUAUCCCUCUGGAAACUCCGGCGAGAAAACAAAUACAUCCCAAGUCUAGACGACCUCAAACCUCUCGUCAAAGACAAUACCAAAAUGAUUAUAAUCAACAAUCCCAACAACCCAACCGGCGCCACAACUCCCAAAUCAGUCCUCAAAGACCUCGUCGAAUUCGCCAGAGAAAAAGACAUCGUAAUCCUCUCAGAUGAAGUCUACCGUCCAUUGUUCCACGGCAUCGGACCUAUGGACGCCGAGUUCCCCCCCUCAAUCCUCUCCCUCGGUUAUAGUAAAACCAUCAGCACAGGCUCCAUGUCCAAAGCCUACUCUCUAGCCGGUAUACGAUGCGGAUGGAUCGCCUCUCGUGACAGAUCCAUUAUCGAAGCUGUAGCCAGCGCCCGGGACUACACAACCAUCUCCGUUUCUCAACUCGACGAUGCAGUGGCCUCAUACGCACUCUCCAAUUCGGUACUCCACGCACUUCUAGGCCGCAAUAUCAAGCUUGCAAAAACCAAUUUCGCUAUUCUAGAGUCCUUCAUAAGUGAGCAUGGAAACAUCUGUUCUUGGGUGAAGCCAACGGGUGGGACAACUGCGCUUGUGAAGUUUGAGAAGAGGGGUGUGCCGGUUGAGGAUGUACAGUUCUGUAAGGAUGUUUUGGAGAAGACGAAGGUUAUGUUUGUUCCAGCGUCGAAGUGCUUUGGUGAAGAGUUCAAGGGGUCGGUGAGGAUAGGAUUUGUUUCUGAGACGGACGUUCUGAGGGAGGCGUUGAAGGUUUUGGGGCCGUAUAUAAGGGAGACGUUGAGUUAA